AUGGAAGACACUCCCCUCCCCCCCGCAAGCACCGACCCCCGCGACCUCGCCGCCCUCGAAUCCAACCCCUCCGUCCUCUUCCCCUCCUUCACCUCCAGCACCGCCUGGACCCUCGGCCUAGCCCUGCGCGAGCGCAUUCUAUCCCUCCCACCCACACAACGCAAGCCAGCGCUAAUCUCCAUUACCUUGACGGGGGGCUCCGAACCACACGUUAUCUUCCAAUGCGCGACCGAGCCUGGCACGGUAGCGGACAACGAGGUGUGGGUGCGACGGAAGCGGAACACAGUGUUGCGAUGGGGCGUGUCGAGUUGGUUGAUGAGACAGAAGAUGUUGAGUUCGACGGGGGCGGAAGCGAGUGAGGUGGAGGCGGCGUUUGUGAGGAAGUUUGCCUUGACGAGUAGCGGCGGUGGAGGCGCGGCGGAUGAGUUUGCCAUUCAUGGGGGUGCGUUUCCCAUUCGGGUGAGGGGCGUGGAUGGCAUUGUGGGUGUUGUGGUGGUGAGUGGGUUGAAGCAGGAGGAUGAUCAUCAGGUGGUGGUGGAGACAAUCAGGGAGGUUAUUGCGAAGAUGUAA